AUGCAUGUCUUUUGGGCCGCGUCCGGCCGCGCGGUGGCCAGUCUUGAUGCGGAGCAGGUGGAUGGCAAGUCGGUCAAGUCGCUCAAGACACAGUUGGCCCAAUCGAUUGGAGGAUCGAGAUUCCGUCAGAGAUGGUUCCGAGAAGAUUGGAGCGUCCUUGAUGAUGAGGAGGAGAUCUUUUCGUCGACACUCCCCCGGGUGCAGCUGCUGAUACUCGAUUUCUGGCAAGAAGACAGUCACAAACUCUUCAUUGCUUGUGCUGAGAAUCGCUGUGAUGAAGUCGAAUUCUUACUUCAGAAGCCCAUGUCUCCAGACCUUGCGGAUGAAGCUGGACAGACAGCACUGCACAUGACCGCAAGCGCUGGCCACUCACAAUGCCUGAGCCUUCUGCUGGAAGCCAAAGCAGCCUUGGACCAAGCAGAUCUCUUGGGCAGAACAGCGUUACAUUUGGCCGCGAAAUUCCGUGAGCCAGAUGCUGUGCAGUUGCCCACUUGGCCAUUACGGGCUGACGAGAACAAGGAAGGGAUGUUCAGGACAAAGCCAUUCUACUGGGCUGCCGCGAAUGGCAACACCGCAGUCAUGCAGCUGUUGCUCAAGAGCACCAUUCACAUGACCAGAGCUGAGGUGAUGGAGGCUUUGGAUGCCGCGGCGAUGUUUGGACACCGCAAGGCAGUGCAACUCUUGCUGAAUGCCUGCACUGGCCAUUUGCGCUCGAAGGACAUUCGCGCUGCCUUUCUGUCGGCGGUUCGGAAUGGAAAUCUGGAGAUCAUGGUGGCAUUGCUGAAAGCAUGGGAGCGACACCAGAUAGCCAGGCGGGAGCUGAAACUGGCUUUGACCUUACGGGCAAGGUCGCUUUGGUCACAGGCGCAUCGCGAGGCAUCGGCGCUGCGAUUGCUGAGAGCUUGGCCAAGGCUGGCGCAACAGUGGUUGGCACCGCUACUUCAGAUUCUGGGGCAGAGGUCUGUGGUCGGAUCCAUGGGCAAUGUGGGCCAGUCCAACUAUGCUGCAGCCAAGGCUGGCAUGGACGGCUGGACCCGUGCAAUGGCAAGGGAAAUCGGCAGUCGAGGGAUUACCGUGAACUCAGUAGCUCCAGGAUUCAUUGACACUGACAUGACAGCAGACCUUCCUGAUGACUGGAAGGACAGAAAAGUUCAAUGA